CUGCUGGCUAAUCCGCUUCCCUAAAGAGGAGACGGCGCAUUCCCGCCAGCGCGGCAUUUAAAGCUCAUCUCUCAUCCCGAGCACAAGAGCGGCCGGCCAGCCAGCCAAGGAAGGAGCGAGCACAGCGUCGGCACCCCCAACAGAUAAGGUCCACACCGAGAAGCCACCAUGGCCACCGAGAAACGACUGUCGGCCAGACGCAAGCACACUCUGAAGAGUUGCAUGCUGGUGGUGGCCAACAACCUCCUGGAGGCCGAGGCUACCGAGAAGGCGGCGGAGCGCCAGAAGUUCCUGGAAAACCAAUGUCCCCCCAUGGACAUUCCCUACUCGGGCGACGAGCUGCGGGAGCUCUGCAAAAAACUCCGCGAGCAGAUUGACGUCAGUGAGGAGGAACGCUACUGCAUCGAGUUCAAGCUCGACAUGGUCCUCAAUGAGGUUCGAGACCUGAACAUCAAAAUUGUGGACCUGAGGGGCAAGUUCAAGAGACCUCGCCUGAAGAAGGUGCGCAUGUCGGCCGACGCCAUGCUCAAAGCGCUGCUGGGCUCCAAGCACACCGUCAACAUGGACCUCAGGGCCAACCUCAAGCAGGUCAAGAAGGAGGUCAAGGAGGAGGACAAGCAGCUCCGCGACGUUGGCGACUGGCGUAAAAACAUCGAGGACAAGUCAGACAGGAAGAAGAUGUUUGACAGCUAAACCCCGACGACAUGCCUUAGCUUCUGCUCUUCUCGUCCAAACUCAAGAAUUUCCACCUGAAAGUAUGGAGUCCUUCAAGGAAAGUUCUCGAUUGGUGCUUUGUGACGUUGGGAUGGAAGACGGGAAGUUGACGUAAAGGGUGUUUUGUUUUGGCGGUUUGUGAGCCACCAUGCUAGCAAGCUGGCGUGUUUUCUUGUCUUUGGAAUAAAGCUCUUGUGCUUGAGCCA